AUGAAAAAUAUCAAGUGCGUGGUCAUCGGCGACGGUGCCGUCGGUAAGACCUCGUUGCUCAUCUCCUACACCACCAACACUUUUCCUCAGGACUAUGUUCCCACUGUCUUUGAUAACUACACAACCACCAUGUCUUAUACUCCGUCGCAAGAAGACUACAAUUUGCUCCCGACAAAAACAAGUGGCGGUUGCAAGCGGUCUGCAGCUGCCAACGCAAACACAUCGCGAAACCCGUUGUAUUACAAACUGAACUUGUGGGACACGGCGGGCCAAGAAGAGUACGAUAAACUAAGACCCCUGUCGUACCCUCAAACAGACAUCUUCCUCAUUUGUUUCAGCAUUGUCGAGUAUUCCAGCUUUCUCAACGUGUUUGAAAAAUGGUUCCCCGAAGUCAAACAAAUCACAAACUGCCACAACUCGCAGUUUUAUAAACUCACUGGCAAGUACCCGAUACUGCUUAUUGGCACGAAGUCUGAUUUGAGAGACUCUGCUCCGCCUGGCUCUACUGUUUCCGAUGAAGAAAUACGUGAGUUGGUGGCCCAACACAAGUUUGCUGGCUAUCAAGAAUGUUCCGCAGCUUUGCAACUCGGAGUCAAUGACGUCUUUGAAAAAGCCGUCGAUAUAGCCGUGUUUGAGCCGCUGAGGGCAAAACACCGCGUGACACUCUCGUCUGCUGCUGUUGGUGGGCAGGUGCAGAUUGUAGACAAGAAGCCCACCUCCCAGAAAAAGAAUAAAGACUGCAACUCCAGCUCCAAGUCCAAAAACAACGAGAGAAACAAGAAAAAACUGGCCACAACAACAAACACAAGCGCCACGACAAACACAAGCGCCACCUCGUCGAACUCGCCUCCUCGCUCCUCUGCAGACAAACUAUCCUUCUCCCUCCACAGCAAGAAAAAAUCUCGCAUCUUCAACAACUCCCAACAAAAUGUAACUUCUAACAACAAUUCCUCUUCAUCCUCCACAAACACCCACUCAACCAUCCCUAAUGACGGCACAAAGAGUUGUGUCCUCAUGUAA